CCAAAACCGCCUUCAUACAGAUUCACUCCCAGCCAGUGCGCACUAUUGGUUUGUCAUAGUCGCCGUGAGCGCAGUUUUCUUUGGAAAAUCACUAGACUUGGAUGUUAUUUUUUCUGAAAGGGGAAAAAGAAAAAAUAUAUACAUUUUCUGCUUUUAAGAGUCUUCUGGAUACUCUUUUUGUUGUUUUAUUAUGACCGAUGAGGUGUCGCUCUUCCAGCUUCCACGGGACGUGAUGUAGCCCCCGUACAGAGAGGAAAGACUUGUGACUACAUAUUGGGAUGUAAAGGAGAGAAGUGGGGACUGUGGAAAGCUUCUUGUUGUGUUUUCCUUGUUUUUUUUCUUCCUCCCCUCGGGAUUCUGGAAGGCACAACCAGACUAAUUCAUAGGAGUCUAAACCGAGCGGCUGGAUUCGCUGCUCUGUCUCCUCGAUCCCCUUCAAGCAAUCAAGCAACGUUUGAAGAGGACACUUUUUUUUUUUUCUCCUGGUGAAAAAUUGAUGCACGCUUUGAAUCCGUGCAUGUGCACAACUAAUCUUUAAGCACGGCGCGGACAGAAUAUGCCUUUAUCACCUCGAAUGUGAAUUGCAGGAAUUGUAAUCAGCAGCACUCAAGAUCCGCCCUCCGUUCUCAGGCUAAGAUUUUGGAGAAAAACAUCUGGGAUCAGAUAAAAAAGAUAUUUUGGCUUUGUGGGAGGAGAGGCGCAGUGGAGGGAACCGUGCCAUAGAGGAAGCAACCAAUUUAGGCACUUGCCAAGGAAAGACUUAGCACUGAACUCAUCUGGGACUCUGACUAGCGGGUGGUGAGAGAAGGAGGCCAUGUGGACCGCACGCCUGCUAGUCCUCGCCAGCCUUUUCGCACCAGCCGCGCUGGCUUUGAGUAGAGCUCCCAUCCCCAUGGCCGUGGUGAGACGGGAGCUGUCCUGCGAGAGCUACCCCAUCGAGCUACGCUGCCCAGGCACAGACGUUAUCAUGAUUGAGAGCGCCAACUAUGGCCGCACGGAUGACAAGAUCUGUGAUGCAGACCCAGCGCAGAUGGAGAACACGCGGUGUUAUCUUCCAGAUGCAUACAAGAUCAUGUCACAAAGGUGUAACAACAGGACACAGUGUGCUGUGGUGGCCGGACCAGAUGUCUUUCCAGACCCAUGCCCAGGAACAUACAAAUACCUGGAAGUCCAAUACGAAUGCGUGCCCUAUAGCCUAAAAAUAGAAGUGGAACAAAAAGUAUUCCUGUGCCCAGGGCUUCUACGCAGGGUAUACCAGAGCGAGCACCUUUUUGAAUCGGACCACCAGUCCGGAGCCUGGUGCAAGGACCCCCUCCAGGCUUCCGAUAAGAUAUACUACAUGCCCUGGACCCCCUACCGCACGGACACCCUAACUGAAUACUCCUCCAAGGAAGACUUUAUUGCUGGAAGGCCAACAACAACCUACAAGCUGCCACAUCGCGUCGAUGGUACUGGCUUCGUGAUCUAUGAUGGGGCGCUGUUCUUCAACAAGGAGCGCACGCGCAACAUAGUAAAAUUUGACUUGCGAACUCGCAUCAAGAGUGGCGAGGCUAUCAUACCAAAUGCCAACUAUCAUGACACCUCUCCCUACCGCUGGGGGGGUAAGUCGGACAUUGACCUAGCUGUGGAUGAGAAUGGACUUUGGGUGAUUUAUGCCACUGAGCAGAACAAUGGACGGAUUGUCAUCAGCCAACUAAAUCCCUACACACUCCGAGUGGAGGGGACAUGGGACACAGCUUAUGACAAGCGCUCAGCAUCCAAUGCUUUCAUGAUCUGUGGGAUUCUCUAUGUGGUAAAAUCAGUCUAUGAGGAUGACGACAAUGAAGCUACAGGAAACAAGAUUGAUUAUAUCUACAACACUGAGCUCAGUAAAGAUGGCUUUCUGGACAUACCUUUUCCCAAUUCAUACCAGUACAUUGCAGCUGUGGAUUAUAAUCCCAGGGACAAUCUGCUCUAUGUGUGGAACAACUAUCAUGUUGUCAAGUACUCGUUGGACUUUGGAGCGCUAGACAACCGAAUUGAAACCUCCUCAUCCGUCAUGGUAUACAUGGAUGUCAUGACUUCAACAAUGAGGGCCACUACUCGACCUACCACUGUCACCCUGACAACCACAACAUCUAGGACGACCACCACAAGAAUGCCUGUCACAACGACUGCAGCGGCUGCUUGGCCACGGACAACAUCCACACUGAUACCCCCCAUGCACACGAUAGUCAAUGCCUUAAGGCCUGAAGACCAUGAUGCAGCACCACCUUCUGCCAGUCCUCCGCACAUCAGGUUGGAAUACUGCAAUCCUAUAGUAAUGAUGGACAUCUCCUGGCCGAAGACCAGACAGGGUACAGUCAUCAAGAUGCCAUGUCCAUCAGGAACCAUUGGUAUGGUUUCAUUCACUUGCUUGGGUCCAGAAGGAUACUGGGACCAGCAGGGGCCUGAUUUCAGCAACUGUACAUCCCCAUGGGUAAACAUCAUCAACCAAAAGAUAAAAGCUGGAGAGACAGCAGCAGUUAUUGCUAGAGAGCUGGCAGAACAAACCAAGAGCAACCUUCAUGCGGGCGACAUCACCUAUACUGUGAGGGCAAUGAUUCAGCUGGUAGAUCUGCUCGACGUCCAGCUGCGGAACCUCACGCCGGGCGGCAAAGACAGCGCAGCACGAAGCCUCAACAAGCUGCAGAAGAGAGAGCGCUCAUGUCGAUACUAUGUUCAGGCCAUGGUGGAGACGGUCAACAAUUUGCUGCAGCCACAGGCCCAGGCGGCUUGGAGGGAGUUAAGCACCGGCGAGCAGCUGAGAGCUGCAACCAUGCUGCUGGACACUGUAGAGCAGGGAGCUUUUGUCUUGGCUGACAACAUGCUGAAGACAGACAUUGUGCAGGAGAACACUGACAACAUUCAGCUGGAGGUGGCCAGGAUGAGCACAGAUGGGAAUUUGGCAGAUCUGAAGUUUCCACAAACCGGAGGGCAAGGCAACUCUAUCCACCUGUCAGCAAACACACUAAAGCAGCACGGAAGAAACGGUGAAAUCCGGAUUGCGUUUGUCCUGUACAAACACAUCGGCGUUUACCUCUCCACGGAGAAUGCCAGCAUGAAGUUGGGCAGCGAGGCUCUGGCUACCAAUUACUCCAUGAUUGUUAACUCUCCCGUUAUCACGGCUGCCAUCAACAAGGAUUCAAACAAAGUCUAUCUCUCUGACCCUGUCAUUUUUACCAUCAGGCAUCUGCAGCAGUCUGAAGAAAACUUCAACCCAAACUGCUCGUUCUGGAGUUACUCCAAGCGCAGUUACUGGGGUUACUGGUCGACGCAGGAUUGCCGUCUGCUUAGCACCAAUAGGACGCACACCACAUGCUCUUGUACCCAUCUCACCAACUUUGCAGUUCUGAUGGCUCAUGUUGAUGUUAAGAACACAGACCCUAUUCACGACAUGCUCCUGGACGUCAUCACCUGGGUGGGCAUCCUGCUUUCUCUUGUGUGCCUGCUAAUUAGCCUCUUCACCUUCUGCUUCUUCCGCGGCCUACAGAGUGACCGCAACACCAUCCAUAAGAACCUGUGUAUCAGCCUGUUUAUAGCAGAGUCCCUGUUCCUAGUGGGGAUCAACCGUGUUGACCAGCCGAUCGCAUGCGCUGUUUUUGCCGCCCUGCUCCAUUUCUUCUUCUUGGCUGCCUUCACAUGGAUGUUCCUUGAGGGGGUGCAGCUCUACAUAAUGCUGGUGGAGGUGUUUGAAAGCGAGCACUCACGCCGACGAUACUUCUACCUGGUGGGUUACGGUGUGCCAGCUCUGAUUGUAGCUGUCUCUGCGGCGGUGGACUACCGCAGCUAUGGAACAGAUACAGUUUGCUGGCUUCGCCUGGACACGUACUUUAUCUGGAGUUUUAUAGGACCUGCAACCUUGAUAAUUAUGCUCAACGUGAUCUUCUUGGGCAUCGCUCUCUACAAGAUGUUCCACCAUACAGCCAUUCUGAAACCAGACUCUGGUUGCCUGGACAACAUCAACUACCGUUACUAUGAUGGAUGUGUUAUUGUAGAGUGGCACUGCUAUCAGGAUUAUGCACCUGAAAUCAAAUCAUGGGUGAUUGGUGCUAUUGCCUUGUUGUGUCUCCUUGGGCUAACCUGGGCUUUUGGCCUAAUGUACGUCAAUGAGAGCACAGUGGUCAUGGCUUACCUCUUCACCAUCUUCAACUCCCUGCAGGGGAUGUUCAUUUUCAUCUUCCACUGUGUACUGCAGAAGAAGGUGCGUAAAGAGUAUGGGAAGUGCUUGCGAACUCAUUGCUGCAGCGGCAAAAGUGUGGAAAGUUCCAUUGGCUCUGUUAAGGGCAGCGCCUCUCGUGCUCCAGGGAGGUAUUCUUCUGGCUCACAGAGCCGUAUCCGUCGAAUGUGGAACGACACAGUGAGAAAACAGUCUGAGUCCUCUUUUAUGACCGGGGACAUCAACAGCUCAGCAUCACUCAACAGAGGGGCUAUGGCUAACCAUCUUAUACCUAAUGCACUCCUACGUCCUCAUGGCACUAACAAUCCCUAUAAUACAUUGCUUGGGGAGUCUGCCGUUUAUAACAACCCCCUGGGCAUGUACAACACUCAAGAGCCCUACAGAGAGACAAAGGGAAUCCUGAACAAUGCCCGGGAUACAAGUGUCAUGGAUACUCUACCACUGAAUGGUAACCAUGGGAAUAGUUACAGCAUUGCCAGCGCUGAGUACAUGAGCGACUGCGUCCAGAUCAUCGAUCGGGGCUACAACCACAAGGAGACCACCCUGGAAAAGAAGUUCCUGAAAGAGCUCACCUCCAACUAUAUCCCCUCUUACCUAAACAAUUCUCACGAGCGCUCAAACGAGCAGAACCGGAACCUCAUGAACAAGCUGGUCAAUAAUGUAAGCAACGGGGGGAAAGACAGCGGCUAUGGCAUGAGUUUGGGAGUGGGGAUAGGCAUGAACGUUGCACUGAAUCUUGAUGAUCACUCGACCUUUGGUACCCACCACGAUGAAGGCCUGGGUCUGGAGUUGAUACGAGAGGAGUCCAAUGUCCCGUUGUUGCCACAAAGGCCGCUGCCAACCCUGCAGGCAGUCAACAAUCUUCACAAUCAGCUUCAACAGUCCAUGUCACCGCCCCUUCCCCUCUCCCAUCAUCCCUUCUCCUCUGCAUCCAACUCUUCAUCCUCUAGAAGGAGGAUCCCCCAGGAGAACAGUGAAAGCUUCUUCCCCUUACUAAAUAAUGAGCAUAUUGAAGAUGAAAGUUCAUUGCCCAACCACAGCCACCAGAGAGACUCCCUCUACAACAGCAUGCCAAUGUUGCCUGGCCUGCCUGACGUAUCCGCAGAAUCCACCGAUAGCUCAAAGGAGGGUGGGGAUGCCAAGAGUCCAGAGGCAAGCUUAGACGACGUUUACUACAAGAGCAUGCCCAACUUGGGCUCCCGUAACCACCUCCAUCAGCUACAUUCCUAUUACCAGCUCGGACGGGGUAGCAGCGAUGGUUUUAUUGCACCCACUAACAGAGAGGAUCUUUCUGCCGAAGAGGGUAACCCAGAGCCCUCUCACUUGGUCACCAGCCUAUAGGCCCAGACACCCCACCUUAAUAAACGUUAAUUUCUUUUUCUUUCCCAAAGUCCUCUUCUGUUUCCUCACUCCAUUGUCCAUCCGUCGUUGGCAGUGGUACCCAUUGUUUUUAAUGUUGUCCUAAAGACUGAGACAGCUUUACUCUCCCUGUUAGUGACCACAAACAGGUUAAGAAUUAUAAAAUGGAUGGAAGCGGAAGUGACUAUCUUUGGUUAGAUAUUCCCAAGGUUGAUGUUGUGUACCCAGCCACCUGAUUCUCUCUGAAGCCCACUCUGGUUUGGUGUGUUUGCCUUCAUCUAAUAAGAGACACCCACAAAACGUUAGGCCUCAUCGAUAUUAGUCAAGAGGAACUGGAUAGCCCCAAAAGUCUGAACUGAUAGACUUCAACAGAAUUAAUGGGGAAUUUAAAAAAAUUACUAUUUUAUUAUACUUCUGUAUCUAUAUGGACUUUUUGAAGUAUUUUCUUCCUCUUCAGUGAGUUGCAGCACAUUUUGUUUGCUGUAGUGUUCCUCCAAAAUAAGAAAAAAAAAGAAAAAAAAAACAUUGAUCCCCAAUUUACAUUGCACCCAGCUUAGUUGCACUGCGCUGCAAACUUCUCCAACUACCUAAUAUAGACUGUCUGUGUUUUGCUACAGUUUGAAGAUUUCCCAAUAAAAGCCUGUGAUAACUGCAGAAGUCAAAGCUAAACAACUUGUCCUAUGAAAUUUUCAAUAAUUAAGCCUGCUUCACUUUUGGUUUUGCAUAUCCAGAUAAUUUCAGAACUAGAAUUCUGCAAUGGGUGAAUACACUGCAAGCAAAGAGGCAACACUUGUUGCUUAUUAUGGUGCUUUUACUGUUUGUUAUGUUUUGAUUACCUUAGUUGAUAUAUGCAGAUCAAUUAUUGAUUUAAUGUGUCAGAUUGCUAAUAUACUGAUAUACACACAUGUAUCGUUGUGAAUUGACCAGUACAACAAUAUUUUUAAGGAAAUCUAGCCUUCUUUUGUGUAUUAUUUCAUAAAACUUGUAAUCUGUGAUUGUUCUGUUUUCUCCUGGAGUGAUUGGAUUUCUAAAUAUUUACUGUGGUCUUACUGCAGCAUCAAUCAAAAACAUUAUUGAAUCAAAAGUUACUGUCUUUUCCUCACUUCCCUGAAACGCUUUGCAGAGGCUAUUUAAAAUGUUCCCAUUGAUUAUUACGAUGGCGCUGGAGUUCGCAACAGAGUGGAGGGGAGCUGGAUGCAGUGUGAAUUGGGGGACAUUUGCCAGUAAGGAAUUAUAAGUUAAAUGCUUUCAAGCAUAGCUGUUCUUAUUUUGUUCAUUUUAUUUUAACAUUUAUUAAGAAAGAGGAGAAAAACUAAUGAGAGAAUUAUGACAUAUUUCUAUGUGACUGUACAGAUAACUAGCAUUGCACAUAAUAUGCAUUUUUUCACCUUUAUUUGUUUAAAUUUUUUUGUUGUUUUGUUCGGGGCCAACUUUUUCUCUGUAAAUUAAAAUGAUUAGGAACAGCUUUGUUCUGUUGUGCUGGCCUCUUUGAAGUUUUCACUGUACUGCUCCGGUUUUAUGUUGUAUCACUUUCCAAGAAAUCUAAAGAGAAGCAAAAAAAAAAAACAAAAAAAAAACGUGAAGAAAUUGAACUCUGGUUGUUCAGGCAUUGCUGUGAAAUGUGCUCGCUUUUGUUUCCUGGUCAGUUUUCAAUUCUUGUUUAAGGUUUUUUUUUUCUCACUUUUUUUCUUUUUCUGUGUAGAUAGCAACACUUCAAAGAGACAGGAUUGCAGAAUCCCUAAGAAAGGUUUAUAGUGCGUUCUACAUUUGUGUCAACUCUCAGAAAACGCUUGAGCUUCUUGGACUUGACAAACUGAGCCUUGUUGUGGACCAGGCACUUGUACAAAUAAAGAAAGUUUGUUGAUUUACUUAUUAAAGAAAGAACUUUUGGAGUGAGUAAAA